AAAAUAUUGGCAGUAAUUUGAUGUCUUAGUGGUCAAUUCUCUAAUGUAAUUAGUAAUUACGUCUACUGUCUCUUGAUAUAUUUAAUCGGUUGAUCCUAAAACCGGUAAAAAUUUAAGUGACGCACCAACACUUAACCACCACACGUGCUUACCAUAACUUGGUGCCUCUUUCUCACCACACAUUGUCUUACACGUGUAUAUAUAUGUACAUGUGUGUAUCUCCUUGUUCCUCUGUUUCUCUGCCUUGUCUUGCGGCCAAUCGUAGAAGAAGAAGAGGAAACAAAACCAGAAAAAGUAUCGGCGGCGGAAUAUUCUCGCCGGAGAAUGGGGAAAGCUAGAGGACUUAACAGCGGCGGAGGCGAGAGCUCUCUUGGCUAUCUUUUUGGAUCCGGCGGGUGUGUUGCCAAACCCAACAAGCCCAUUGCCAACACCAGUUUUACAACCACCACGACCACAACAACGACCACCGAUGGAGCUGGGGGUAGACCCACGACCACCACCACAACCACCACUAUCGGAGAUAAGAACAAGACGGAGGAGGAGAAGAAGCAGAUGUCGGCUGGUGUAAGAGGAAGCCCUAAUAACUACUUCAGAUCAGACGGACAAAACUGUGGCAACUUCCUCACGGAGAGACCAUCUACGAAGGUUCAUGCUGCACCAGGUGGAGGAUCUUCUCUGGAUUACUUGUUUGGAUCUGGUCCCUCUGGAUCUAGCAAAUGAUUUUUAUUUUUCAUACGACGAUCUCUGCAUUUGAACCCUUGAAAAAAGUGUAAAAAUUGUAACUUUAUUUCCUAUCCUUUAAACCGGUGAUCGAUUAUUUAUUGUGGAAUGUUUUGGAUUUGGCCGUUUCUUGUGUUCUUGAAAAAAGAAUGUGUCAACCUAUGGUUCAAAGCUAGAAAGCUUUCUCAAUUUUUAUAAUGCGUUUCUAAGUUUCUAAGCUUGAAAACAUUCGUUAAACCUUGAUAAUUCAAGAAUAGAUUCUGAAUCUUUUUUUU